AUGGCUUCUCGCCGGAACGGUUUAUUUUGCUCGGCGAUAUUUCUCAUUUCUCACUGCUGGACUUUAAUUCACAGCUCCACAGAAGACCUGGAUAAAUGUGAAAAUCUCCGACUGGGACAAUAUCUUUGCGAAAACCCUAAAAUAGAUGAUGCAACUCAAGAACCAGAGAAUUGCAAAGAUCUAGCAGCAUGGGUGGUGUGUCUUCCUGCACCAAACAUCAGCUGCGCAGUGUCCAAUGGAACCCUGAUUAAAUUCAGCGGGAAGGAAGUUGGCUUCAAUAAAACCGUUCCAUGUCGUAAUGUGACAGGCUAUUCAUAUAAAGUAGCCGUGGCUUUGUCCCUGUUCCUGGGAUGGCUGGGUGCAGAUCGCUUCUAUUUGGGAUACCCGGCUCUCGGACUUCUGAAGUUCUGCACUGUGGGUUUCUGUGGAAUUGGAAGUCUGGUGGACUUCAUCUUAAUAUCCAUGCAGAUUGUGGGUCCAUCUGAUGGCUCUGAUUACAUUGUGGAUUACUACGGAGCGAGACUUGUCCGGCUGUCGAUAACGAACGAGACCUACAGACGAACGCAGAUCUCUCUCUGAGAAGGUGGAUGGAGAGCACAGGACAGAAACCUGCCAUCCAGGACUGAGUUCUUAUUCCUCUUUUCAACCAGGAAGACAUGAGGCCACAUCACACAGCAGUCUGUGUGUAUUGUAAAUAUGGACUAAGCAAAUUAUAUCUGCAACAAGCCGUCAUUAAACUCUGCAUGUAACUUCUAUCAUUCAAACCUGAGAUUCAGAAGAGCAGAACAACUUUGAGAUAAUAAGUGAUUAGUUUGGGACACGCAGGUGGUGCAGCGGUAAGCUUGUCCAAGGGAGAGAGGGCUAUAGAGAUUUUUCAGGGGACAGUGGUAGCUAGUUGGUAGGGCUUUGGGCUAUCAACUAUAUUCAUCCACUGUUGGGCCCUUGAGCAAGGCCUUUAACCCUCUCUGAACCAGUGGUGCCGUACAAUGUUGACCCUGUGCUCUGACCCCAACUUCCAAACAAGCUGGGAUAAGUAAAGAAAGAAUUUCGUUGUAAUGUACAAGUGUAUAUGUAUGUAUGAGAAAUAAAGGCAUUCUGCGAUGCAUCAGCGCUCUGUCCUGGGUGUUCCUGGCUUGCACCCAGUGUUUCCCUGUACAACCAAACCUGCCGCAAUCCUGACCAGGAUAAAGCAGCUGAUGGAAAUGACAUAUAUAUUUUGAUGUGGGGGUUACAGCACACUCAUUAUUUAUUUAUUUUCACUGAAAGUACCUGGAAGACCCACACAUUUGUCUGCAGUACAUACAAGAGAGAUCUUCAAAUACCUAAAAGUGACAGGCAGUAACAGUUUUUAUGUUUAUAGAUUUUAUGUUUAUAGACUACAUUUAUUUACAGUGUCUUAAACCACAUAGCCAAAUCUUUGUGACAUUGCUUGAGACCUGGAUACACUGGAGCAUGUUUAUUUAUUAGGAUUUUAACUUCAUGUUAAAACUUUGGUCACAUUCAUGACAGGAACGGUAAUUAUCACUUCUAGUUCAAUAUCAAAAACAGUCCUGGACAAUUUUGUAUCUCCAAUUCACCUCACUUGCAUGUCUUUGGACUGUGGGAGGAAACCGGAGCUUCCAGGGGAAACCCACGCAGACAUGGGGAGAACAUGCAAACUUCACACAAAAAGGACCCGGACCUCCCCACCUGCCGAUCGUACUCAGGAUCGUCUUGCUGUGAGGCGACAGUGCUACCCACUUAUCCACUGUGCCAUGUAACACACCAAACAUAUUGUGGCUAAUAAAAAACUUGAAUUUGAUUUAAUGCUAAUCUAUUCUUUCUGAGUUGGAUUGUGUCUGUAUUUUUAAUAUUGUAAAUAAAGUUUUUGGUUGUGUUCACCAUA